AUGAAUUGCCUAGGCAAAGGAAAUUACGUCUACUUCGUGGGCCUGAUGUCGAGCCUUGGAGCCAUGCUAUCUUAUGGUACUUACCUCGCUUACAUGAUCCUCGAUGGGAGCCUGCAAGCCAGUACACUUCGCCGCUCAGAUGGGCCUGACGCAAGAGCGCACUGGAGCACAGGCAAGAGCUGGUCACAAUAUGCUCAAUCAUGGGGUUUGGCUUUCGCUGAUGAUGUGCGCAUCGGCAGCGUGGGGAUGCUUGCCUUGAUGACUGCACCGCUGGCUUGGGGCUUGUUCUGGUACCACAUGUAUCUGAUUUGGGCCGGUAUGACGACCAACGAGAGCGGCAAGUGGGCGGAUUGGAGGGACGACAUCGCAGACGGUCUGGUCUUCAGGGCCGAUAAGGCACCUGAAAAUCCCGAUGAUAGCCCCAGGAAUGACGACGUAGAGCCGAUUGUGGACUGGCCGAUCUCAAGCAUGCAACAGCUUGUAAGAUCUAGCGAUGGGGAACCUCCAGAAGCUCGUGCAAUUUGGCCUCGGAACAAUACCGCUACGGGGAACGUUCGCUGGAGAAGAGUCUCAGGGUUGCAUGAAGUCCACAACCUGUAUGAUCUGGGUUUCUGGGACAACUUUAUGGAUGUCUUGUACACCUAG